AUGUCCAUCCGUCUCCUUGUCGCCCUCAUCACCAUCAUCGUCUUCCUCGAAGAAACAACCGCCGCCGCCACAUACAAUGUGAAGAGCUUCGGAGCCAAACCAAACGGAAGAACAGACUCAACCAAGCCGCUUAUGAGUGCAUGGUCAGCUGCUUGUGGCUCGUCGAAGCCAGCCACGAUUUUCGUCCCAAAAGGAAGGUAUGUGGUUGGUGGGUUACGUUUCAGAGGGCCAUGCAAGAAUCGAGCCAUCACCAUUCGUAUUGAUGGCACGCUUAUGGCUCCUUCCAAUUAUGGUGUUCUUGGUGACGCCGACUACUGGCUUCUUUUCCAUGGAGUUGAUGGGGUUACGAUUCAGGGUGGAACCCUAGAUGCUCAAGGUGCUGGUUUGUGGGCUUGUAAGUCGUCCAACUCCAAGAAUUGCCCCAGUGGAGCCACGAGUUUAGCGAUUUCGAACUCGAAUAAUGUUGUGGUGAAUGGAUUGAGUUCAUUAAACAGCCAGAUGUUUCACAUCGUGGUGAACGGUUGCCGGAAUGUGAGGAUGGUGGGGGUGAACGUGGUGGCGCCAUGGGACAGCCCUAACACCGACGGCAUCCACGUCCAGUUGUCCACCGGAGUUACCAUCUUGAACUCCAAACUCAGCACCGGCGAUGACUGUGUUUCCGUUGGCCCCGGUGCCACCAAUCUCUGGAUCGAGAAUGUCGCUUGUGGACCAGGCCAUGGCAUCAGCAUUGGAAGCUUAGGGAAGGACUUAAAAGAAGCGGGAGUGCAAAACGUGACGGUUAAAAGGGUAACUUUUAAAGGAACACAGAAUGGGUUGAGAAUAAAAUCAUGGGCAAGGCCAAGCAGUGGGUUCGUUAAUGGCGUUCUCUUCCAGAAUGCCAUCAUGACCGACGUCCAGAACCCAAUCGUUAUCGAUCAAAACUACUGUCCAGGUAGCAUUAACUGCCCCGAUCAGGUUUCCGGCGUGAAAAUAAGCAACGUGAAGUAUGAAGACAUUCAUGGAACAUCUGCUACAAAAGUGGCGGUGAAGUUCGAUUGCAGCAAAAAGAGUCCAUGUAGGGGAAUCACGAUGCAAGAUGUGAACUUGAGCUUCAAGAACCAGUUACUUUCUGCGUCUGCAUAUUGUGUGAACGCCGGAGGAAAAGCUUCCGGCGUGAUUAAACCGACAAGCUGUCUGUAG